GAAAUUGUACUUGUCUUCUUCACACACACGCUCUCUCUCUCCCCUCUCUCUAUACGGAUAGCUGAGAGCGAACUGUGAGAAAGCAAUGGCAAAAGCUGAGAGCUUUGACAACUUCCUGCUGUGAAAUGGCGAGUCUCUGCUAGUUUGUGGAGAUGAGCGCACCGUUUGGAGGCCCGAUCGGUUCUAACCCCAGUGCUGCCGGAGCCCAGCCGAACAGGGACCCGAACAUGGCGUCGGCGGAGCAGUUGGUGCUCGAACUCAGCAACCCCCAACUUCGUGAAAACGCGCUCCUUGAACUCUCCAAGAAGAGAGAAUUAUUUCAAGAUUUGGCUCCAUUGUUGUGGAAUUCUUUCGGUACUAUAGCUGCUCUGUUACAGGAGAUAGUUUCAAUAUACCCUGUUCUGUCCCCACCAAAUUUAACUCCAGCCCAAUCAAAUCGAGUUUGCAAUGCUCUAGCGCUUCUUCAGUGUGUGGCAUCACACCCAGACACCAGGAUGUUGUUCCUUAACGCUCAUAUACCUUUAUAUUUGUACCCUUUCCUUAAUACAACAAGCAAGUCAAGGCCUUUCGAGUACUUGAGACUCACCAGCUUAGGAGUCAUUGGUGCCUUAGUGAAGGUCGAUGAUACAGAAGUGAUUAGUUUUCUUCUAUCAACUGAAAUAAUCCCGUUGUGCCUGCGAACUAUGGAAAUGGGUAGUGAACUGUCAAAAACAGUGGCGACAUUUAUUGUUCAAAAGAUUUUGUUGGAUGAUGUAGGCUUGGAUUAUAUCUGUACUACAGCUGAGCGUUUUUUCGCAGUGGGUCGAGUCUUGGGAACCAUGGUUGCAUCACUUGCUGACCAGCCUUCAUCUCGCUUGCUAAAACAUAUUAUCCGAUGUUAUCUACGACUGUCAGAAAACCCAAGGGCUUGUGAUGCUUUGAGGAGCUGUCUUCCCGAUAUGUUGAGAGAUGCUACCUUCAGUGUUUCCCUCCGUUUGUCUGGUCUACUUUCAAAGUUAAUUAUAUUCGUGACAAUUUCAGGAAGAUCCAACGACAAGGAGAUGGCUGCAGCAGUUGCUUCACAACGUUGGUGUUAGUCGGGUUCCUGCGCUUCAGGGUGGAGGAGGAUUUGAUCAGAUGAUGAUGAACUAAUGCAAAUAAUUUGGUGUCGUCUUUGGGCUGCCGUCUGUUGCAUAAUGCAUCAGAGAGGGCUGGAUGCUUUUUAAUUUAUCUGUCUCAAUGCUAAUUGGCAAACUCUUUUAUCUUUCUCUGUAAUUUACAAAAUGUUUCUUCUGUAACUUGGCCUGAGGAGGCCAAGUUUAAACUAUUGACUUCGCUUGAAGUUGAUUGUUCCCGGAAGAAAUAAAUGGUCUUCUUAGUUGGUUCAUCUCUGAUGUUGAAUUGUGGCAAAAUUAUGAAUAAAGUAAACCUUUGUUGUGUAAA